AUGACCUCGCUCAGAGUCCAGGUUGGGGAGGCAGCGGCAAAAAAGGACACCGACUCACUCCAGUCUCUCUUUGAUGAUCAUGGCGUUCAAGGUUUACUGGACUCCGGUCUGUCGCUAGAAGAAGUCCUAGCCUACGCAGCCCUUGCCAACCAUGUACCGUCCAUACGUGAUUGUCUCAACGCUGGAGCCAAAAUCACGCACGAAAUCAUGAAAAAUGCGCAUAUAGGGGGGGGUAAUGAGGCUUACCAACUCCUUGUUCCCGCAGGGCUGGAUGUUAAUCACCAUUUUGGACAUGCAGGAGGACCGUUGACAGAGGCGGUCAUGGCUGGCGACGUGGCUUGGAUCACAUUUCUUCUUCAAUCUGGCGCGAAUCCGAAUGUUGGAGCCCUCGCUGGAUCUGAUGCUCUAGAAACCGCGAUUAAGGAAAAGCUUCCUUUGACAGUUGUGAAGCUUCUUGUGGAUUACGGAGCAGAAUUUCCACGAAAAGGACUCUUACCUCUAGCGGUUCUAAGUGGCGACGCGGGAAUCAUCGAGUAUCUGUUACAAAAUGGCAUCAAUCCAAACGAAAGAACCGACGAAUCAUUCACGACCCACGGCAUGCAAUGCCCGGUACUGCAUAUCGCGGCUGAGCGAGGCCAGCUUGAUACAGUGAAUACAUUAUUACGUUACGGUGCCGAUGCCGAGGCAAGGGACUCGGAUGGGAAGACUGCGCUAGAGAAGGCAUCAUUGGCAGGACAUAGUAUCACUGUUAAUGUACUAAAGGCAAGACAGACAACAGCGAGUUUGUCGUAG